AUGGAAGGUACAGUUGCCCCCAGUGCAAUCGUUCUUGAAGUUCUUAACGAAGAUAAUUAUGAACGAUGGAGUGUUUGGGUUAAAACCUACUUGUUAGCUAACGGUCUUUGGGACGUUGUCGAAACCAGCAGGGCACCUUUACCAUCCGACUUUGAGGUUUGGACGAAGAGGAAUGCCCAAGCACUACAUGCAAUCCAGAUUUCUUGUGGACUGGAUACGUUUACUCUGAUCAGCGAAUUCAACAGUGCCAGUCGUGCUUGGAAAACACUGGCUGAAACUUUGAAGCCAAGUUUGCCAGAAUUUCUAAAUGACCCAGGGUUUGAGGACAGAGCCAAAAUCUUCCACAAGUAUGAACCUUUCUUCGAUGCUGUUAGGAAAGGUGAUUGGGAUGGAACUAAGUUCCUUGACGAGACACCUGAUGCAAUAACUGCAAGAAUUCCAUAUUCGGGCCAGACAGCACUUCACAUCGCAACUGAUGCCCGUCAAACUCGAAUUGUUGAAAAGUUGGUAAAGUUGAUGCCAGAAGGAUCCCUAGAAAUAAAAGCGGAUGAUGGUAUGACAGCUCUUGCUGUAGCUGCAAGUAAAGGUUACACCCGAAUGGCUCAAUGCAUGGUAGAAAAGAAUACGAAAAUACUUAGCAUUGGCGAUGCUGCCAAUAGAAUUCCACUUGUCCUAGCUUGUCGCAAUGGUCAUUCAGAUAUGAUUCGAUAUCUAUAUGUUGCCACCCCAGUUGAAGAUUUAAUGCCAGAGAUGGGACCAAAUGGCGCUACAAUUGUUUCUCAGUGUUUUGCUGAUAAAAAAUAUGAUCUUGCAUGGAGCUUAAUUCAGCGUUUCCCACGCCUAGCAAUUUCUAAAGAUCAUUAUGGUUUAACACCUUUAUAUGCAUUGUCUGGUGUGCCAUCAGCAUUCCCAAGCGGAAUGAAACUCAGACUCUUGCAACGGUUGAUCUAUAAAUGUAUAAAUAUAGAAGCUACUCCUUUGAGUAGUAAUGAUACUCUCAUUAAUGUUGGUAAUAUAGCAAAUGGCGAAGAUAACCAAAGGGACUUCAUUGGAUCAGGUACGCUGCUGCUACUUCUUUAUCUUGAGAAGUAA